AUGGGGAUCCCACAUAUUUUAGCCAUCCCUUUUCCAGCACAAGGUCAUGUAAUUCCCUUGAUGGAAUUGUGUCAAUGCUUAGUCAAUCAGGGCUGCAAAGUCACAUUCGUGAACACAGACUAUAAUCACAAGAGGGUCAUCAAUGCAAUGUCAAGCCCAAGUCAUAUUGGGGAUCAAAUUCAUAUGGUUUCCAUUCCAGAUGGAAUGGAACCCUGGGAAGACAGGAAUGAUAUAGGGAAACUGUUGAAAGCAACUCAAAGAGUCAUGCGUGCAAAGCUGGAGGAACUCAUAACAAUGAUCAACGAAUCAGAAGAUUACAAUAUCACUUGUGUCCUUGCAGAUGAGACGCUCGGGUGGGCUCUGGAAGCAGCCGAGAAGAUGAAUAUCCAGCGAGCUGUUUUCUGGCCUGCAGCGGCUGCUGUAUUGGCCCUGUCGUUUAGUAUCCCAAAGCUGAUUGAUGACGGAAUUAUUAACACCAAAGGAGUUCUACUGAAAAACCAAAUGAUUCAGCUGGCACCAAUGAUGCCCACCACGAAGACAGAGAACUUGGUUUGGGCAUGCAUUGGUGAUGCAACCACACAGAGAAUCGUAUUCGAAACCUUGUCUCGAAACAACCAGACUGUAAAACUGGCAGACUGGAUUCUUUGCAACUCGGCAAUAGACCUUGAGCCAGCAGCCUUCGCCUUGGCUCCAGAGAUUAUACCAAUCGGCCCAAUGUUGGCGAGUACUCGGCUAGGCAUUUCAUCAGGCAACUUCUGGGCAGAAGACCUCACCUGUUUAGAAUGGCUCGAUCAACAGCUACCGAGUUCAGUAAUCUACAUUGCAUUUGGAAGCUUCACAGUUUUUGACAAGAUACAGUUCCAUGAAUUGGCCCUUGGGCUUGAAAUCUCCAAGAGACCAUUCCUCUGGGUCGUGAGAGAAGACAUAGGAGACAAGACGAACCACGCUUACCCAGAUGGUUUUCUUGACAGAGUAAAGUCCCGUGGGAAAAUAGUGAAUUGGGCACCUCAGCAGAAGGUUCUGGGUCACCCUUCUAUUGCUUUCUUCUUAACCCACUGUGGUUGGAACUCCACGUUGGAAGGUAUCAGCAAUGGUGUCCCUUUCCUGUGCUGGCCGUACUUCGCAGACCAGUUCCUCAACGAAAGCUAUAUAUGCGAUGUCUGGAAUGUAGGAGAGAGAUUUGAGAGAGACGAGGAAAGUGGGAUUAUCAAACAAGGAGAGAUAAAGAAGAAGGUGGAGCAGGUUGUGGGAGAUGAAAAGUUCAAAAGCAAUGCUUUGAAUCUCAAAGAGUUGGCCAUGAACAAUGUCAUGCAAGGUGGCCAAUCUGAUAUUGUCUUUAACAAUUUUAUCGAUUGGCUUCAGUCAUAAGUCAUAGAUAUAUGAUCCCCUAAGUGGAUCAAUAUCUUAUUGUAUUGUU